AUGGACGUUCCUAGUCAGGGGCAGGCGGCGGGGAACCCCCGUCAAGGGCCCCUGAACACAGAGGAUCCCCGGUAUCAAAGGCUAAAGUCGACACAAGUCCAAGGCUACAACCAGCCAGUCAUGGAUGAGUACCAUCGCCUCGUGGAACCGCACGUGGAAUCAUACAAUUACUUCAUAUCGGAGGGCAUCGAUCAUGUAAUGGAGAACCUCAAAUCCUAUGAGGUAACCCACCCUGGGACGGGUCGCACGAUGCGGAUGUGGUGGACGGAUGUGCGUGUGGAGCGGCCUGUUCGAGAGGAGGGACUCAAGAGGUCGCGGAGAUUGCUGCCGCGGGACUGCAGGGAGGGGGGUACCACCUACAAGGGCAAUCUGGUCGCCACCUUCAACUGGCAGAGUGGGGACGGAAUGGAGUAUACGGUGGAGAGGAAGCUUGGCGGCAUGCCCAUCAUGGUUCGCUCUCGCGCCUGCUGGCUGAACGGCCUGACCCGGGGUGAGCUGGUGGCGUGUCGUGAGGAGGCCAACGAGAUGGGGGGCUACUUCAUCUGCAACGGCCUUGAGCGCAUCAUCCGCUGCCUGAUCCUGCAGCGGCGGCACUACAUCAUGGGGCUGAGGCGGGCGGCCUACCACAAGCGAGAUUACAAAAUGAUGACCAUGCCGAUGUGGGUUAUGGUGGUUCGGGGGCAGGUGAGCGACCGGGAGCUGUACGUCAAGUUGGUGGCGGGUGCGGCCCCGGGCAGCGGUGCGGCGGCUUUCCUCGCGGAGCGGGCCGAGCUGCUGCUCAGACAGGCGGACAGACCCGAGCUGAGGACGAAGACGCAGUGUAUCGAGUACCUGGGUCGCCAUUUCCGAGUCGUGUUGGAGCAGCCCCCUUCAGCCACCGACUUCGAGGUGGGCCAGGUGCUCCUCCGCGAGUACGUGUUCAUCCACCUGGAUCCGGAGCGCCCCGCGGACAAGCUGGCCCUGCUCCUGGCCAUGUUACACAAGCUGUACGCGCUGGUGUCCGGGGCGGCCGUGGAGGACAACCCGGAUGCGCUCACCCACCACGAGAUCCUGUUGCCGGGUCACCUGCUGCUCAAGUUCCUCAAGGAGAGGCUGGAGGACGCGCUGGGUACGGCCAGGGGGCUCAUCCUGAGGGACCUGGCCAGCAAGCCGGAGUCGGUGGACUUCACGAGCGAGUCGUACAUGCACAACGUGAUCAAGAAGCUUCCUGAUAUUGGUCAGAAGUUCGAGUACCUGAUCAACACGGGCAACCUGAUGUCCAAAGACGGACUGGACCUCAGUCAGUCGACAGGAUUUACGGUGGUGGCUGAGAAGCUCAACUUCUUCCGCUACCUCUCCCACUUCCGUUCGGUCCACCGCGGAGCCUACUUUGCGGAGAUGCGCACCACCACCGUGCGCAAGCUGCUGCCGGAGUCCUGGGGCUUCAUGUGCCCCGUACACACCCCGGAUGGAGCGCCCUGCGGACUGCUGAACCACUUCACGGCGCUGUGCAGGAUUGUGACCCAGGGGUCGGACCAGCCGGAGAGGAUGGAGAUCAGCAUACUGCAGGCGUUGGAGACGGAUACCCCUCCGGAGCGGUUGGGACUGUCUCCUGCGGAGCAGGACGUGCCGUACCACAUGGAGGUCGUACACAUCCCGCCGCUGGUCGGUGGACCCUACCCCGGCAUCUUUCUCUUCACUCAGACGGCUCGUAUGAUCCGGCCUGUCGUACAGCUGGGCAGCGGGCGGCGGGAAAUGUUGGGCUCCCUGGAGCAGUGCUUCAUGUCCAUCCAGUGCCCCGACGGGGGGCACGGGGGCUCCCCCGGACUGGCAUACACACACAGGGAGCUGAACGCGAGCGCCAUGCUGAGUGUGGUCGCCUCCCUGACGCCGUACUCGGACUUCAACCAGUCGCCCCGCAACAUGUACCAGUGCCAGAUGGCCAAACAGACCAUGGGUACUCCGGCACAGGCCCUGGCGCACAGGACGGACACCAAGAUGUACCGCCUGCAAACACCGCAGGCGCCCAUCUGCCGUACAAUACGGUACGCGGAGUACAAGAUGGACGAGUUCCCCAACGGCACGAACGCCAUCGUGGCGGUGCUAGCAUACACAGGGUACGACAUGGAAGACGCCAUGAUUUUGAACAAGUCCGCUGUGGAGCGCGGACUGGCGCACGCGUCUUUGUACAAAGUGGAGACGAUUAACCUCCGUGAAGAGCGAGGAUUCAAGGGGAUGUUUGCGGCGGAGCCGCAUGAUAGGAGGUCCAGGGACGCUCUGGCGCACCGCACCCGGCCGGUCGGCGCCUUCGGUCAGCGCUUCCCUCAGAACAUACCGGCAGCCGCCGACAGCCCCGCGGUGCUGCGCAAAAGGGGGGAGGCCGGGGGGGACAACGGGCCGGUGCUGGUGCCGGAGCCGAACAAUAGAGACGGAGACCGCAUUGAACCAGACGGACUUCCCGCCGUGGGAUCCAUCAUCUGGCCGGGGCAGAAGGGUGUGCUGUCCAUCUUGUGGCCUGAUGUGGACAUGCCGUUCUGCGCGUCUACGGGUAUCCGGCCCGACCUGAUCAUUAACCCGCACGCCUUCCCCUCCCGCAUGACGAUUGGCAUGUUGGUGGAGAGUCUGGUGUCCAAGGGAGGAGCACUGGCAGGGCAAUUUGUGGACGCCUCACCGUUCCAGCGCUCGGACGGGGUGGAGAAGGGUAACCCCGUGGAGCGGUGGGGUGAGUAUUUGGAGCGACAGGGGUUUUCCCGGUACGGCCAGGAGACCAUGAUCAGCGGGGUCACGGGGCAGGAGAUGCCGUGCGAUAUCUUCAUAGGGCCCGUGUACUACCAGCGGUUGCGUCACAUGGUGUCUGAUAAGUUCCAGUGCCCAGGAGGGUUUCGUAACGUGGUUUCGGUGCCGCGUUCCCCCUCUUUCCUUGGCAGCAGCUUCACUCGUUCGUGGGCCGAAAAUUUCGGUGGUGGCAUUCGCUUUGGCGAGAUGGAGCGCGACUCCCUGCUGGCUCACGGCGCGGCCUACCUCUUCCACGACCGGCUCCACGCCUGCUCCGACUACCACGUGGCGGAUGUGUGCACGAGCUGCGGGAGUAUGCUGGCGCCGCUGCGGAAGGCCGCGGCCAAUGCGGCUCUCACCACGGGUUUGAUGUUGCGCGGGGCCGUGGCGGACAGCAGCGGCAAGACCGUGUGUCCGCAGUGCGCACCCGACAGCUCCGCCACCAUUGAGCGGGUGGCGCUGCCGUACGUGUUCCGUUACCUGGCCACGGAGCUGGCAGCCAUGAACUUGAAGUUGGAGCUGGAGGUCAAGUAG